AUGUGGAGGUGGUGGGAUGCUGUGAUGGAAUCGGCAAAGGUGGCCCAAGGAAUGGACCGCAUCAAGCUCACAGUAAAUAUCCUUUGGCAACUCUGGAAGGCGAGAAACAAGAGAGUAUUCCAGCUGGAGAGCGAGGAUGCAAAAGUGAUAAUUGACAAAGCCCAGCAAGAGUGGAUCGAAUUUGAAGAGGCAACUGUUCCUCAACCCCGAGGAUUCGCUUCAACAGAGCAGGAAAGACUGAGUCAGCAUAAUUGGGAGCCACCAAAGGAUGGAGUAGUGAGAAUUAAUACGGACGCAGCAAUCUCAGCAAAAAUGGUCAGGACCGGAUUGGGAAUUGUUGCACGGAACUGGCGAGGAGAUCUAGUGAAAGUCCGAGGGAUUAGUAGAAGGAAAAAAGGGGAAGCUAACACGGAGGAAUCAUUAGCAAUCCGAAGUGCGCUGGAAAUGGCUCAAGCUGUAGGAUGGACAAAGAUAGAAGUCCAGUCGGACUGCAGAAACGUUGUGAGCUCGAUUAAUGAAGGCAAUGUUCAGGAUUGUAAGUUACAAACAAUCCUAGAAGACAUUGAGGCCCUAAAGACUAGUUUUGACAGUUGUAUUUUCUCUUUUGUUCCCAGAAGUGCGAAUGGCUGCAGUCAUGCAAUGGCUCAAUUUGCAACCAAGGUGGUUAAAACCAUUGAUUGGCAAGCUUCAUUUCCAACAUGGUUAACUGUUCUUGCUAGAAAAGAUAUGGGGACCAGGAGGAAGAGGUCCUGGAUUUGGAGGUGGACGUGGAGUGGUGGAGGUUUUGGUGGAGGAGCUGGAGGAGGUCUUGGUGGUGGAGGUGGAGUAGGUGGAGGUGGCGGUUUUGGCGGUGGAGUUGGGGGUGGUGCAGGUAAAGGUGGAGGGUUUGGAGCAGGAGGUGGUGUUGGUGGAGGUGCAGGAGGUGGUGUAGGUGGAGGAGGAGGGUUUGGAGGAGGUGGAGGUGGUGGUGUUGGAGGAGGUUCAGGUCAUGGUGGUGGAUUUGGAGCUGGAGGUGGUGUAGGUGGUGGUGGAGGACUUGGUGGUGGUGCUGGUGGUGGUGCUGGAGGAAUUGGUGGAGGUGCUGGAGGAGGAGGUGGUGGCGGUGGAGGAGGAGGAGGUGGCAUUGGUGGUGGCUCUGGGCAUGGAGGAGGGUUUGGAGCAGGAGGUGGAGUAGGGGGUGGCAUUGGAGGAGGAGCAGGAGGAGGUGUUGGAGGUGGGGCAGGUGGAGGAUUUGGAGGUGGUGGUGGUGGAGGAAGAGGGGGAGGAUCAGGCCAUGGUGGUGGUUUUGGAGCUGGUGGAGGUGUAGGAGGUGGAGCUGGAGGUGGUGGUUUAGGAGGUGGCCAUGGAGGUGGAAUUGGUGUUGGGGUUGGAGUAGGCAUUGGCGUAGGGGCUGCUGCUGGUGCUGGCAAGGGCGUUGGUGUUGGUAGUGGUUCCGGCAGCGGUGGAGAAGGUGGUGGACAGUAG